UAAAGCUUUGCAAUACUAUUCUACUGUAAAAUAUGAAGUUUGUAAUACUACUACAGUUGAUUCAAGUAGUUUUUGGAAAUUUUCCAAUUCUAACUCAAAUUCAAUGGAGUACUGCAACAUCUGGUAACGGUUAUCGCUCCUUAGAAGCUCUAUUUAUCCUACCGGAAGGGGUAAUUGAUACCGAUUUGAGCAUUCGUUGGACAUACUAUGAAGCUACAAAAUUCUAUGAAAAAUAUUAUAUUUUUCAAGAUGGCGUUAAUAAUUGCACAAUAAAGUUCUUUCCCUCCAAUACAAAUGGAAUUCAUUUUCUAUUAAAUGAACUAACAUUUGAUGAUGAAAAAUUAGUAAAUAGAAAUGAUAAGAGCGUAAUAGAAAGAUAUUUCAACAUGAAGAUUGAACUACUCAAAACUGGAAAAUUACAGGAAUUUAACAUUUUUCCAAAUUUCGAUUGUUCUUUUUGUGAAGUAACAAAUAUAAAGAAGCUAAUAGACUGGAAAAUUGAACCAGAUAAUCCUUUAUUGAUUUAUGAACAGAGCUCAAGUUUUACACAAUUACAUAAUAUGUCUGUAUAUGAAGAUUUAUCUAUGAAUUUACAUAUUGAACAUCAUCGAUCUCACAUUGAUGAGAAUACCAAGUCACACCAUAGACAAAGACAUACAGAAUUUAGUGAUUAUUCUUUAAGAUUUUACGAACAGAGCUAUGGUAAUAAUUUAAAAACAACCUAUAUUUACAAACAUAAGGAUUUUGAUGGAGCGAGAAUAUCUAUGAAUUUAAGUGAAUCUGUUGUGAAAACUGAUAGAGAAUAUGUUGAUGGAGUAUAUAAAUACUCUUUAUAUCCUAAAAAAAAAGUUAUUAAGGGUGUAAAAUCAACAAUUCUAAUUGAAUUUAAAAGAUAUACUAAUAGAUAUCAAAGAAGAGAGAAAAAAGUAACAAGUUUAUUCAAGAGGUUAAGACCGUAUAUUGGCGCUUGUUCUAAAGUUAAUUCAUAUUAUGGCACGGGAAGUUACAUAAAUGGUGAAAAUUUACUUUUAUAUCUCAACAAACCCGAUUGUUUAGCUUGUAGAGUUGAACACGACUAUAACGAAUUUGUUGAAAUAUCCCUAUUUCAUAAUGAUUUACAGCUAACUGAUACUACUAGAACAGUAUCAAAUGGAUUUGAGACGACGCUAUAUCAAAUGUUUGAUAAUGUUACUGAAAAUGAUCGAGGUAAGUAUACAUGUAAAGUUGGGACACCUGUUCAAAGGUACGGAGAUUAUCCUACAAUAAUGGCUCAUGUUUUUCCUGUUAAACCAUUAACAAUUUCAAUGAAAAGUGUUUACGUAGAUGAGAAAAAGACAAUGUACGAUUGUGAAUAUACUGGUCUGAAAGAUCCCAAAGGAUAUGGAUAUGAGGAUUUUUUUACUCUUUCUGACGAAAAAACUAGCGAAUAUUUUAACUGGGAAAUUGUUGAAGACAAUGGUCCUAAGAAAAAAAUUCGAAUUACAGUUGAUAACAGAGUAUUUAGGGAAUCUUAUUGGUCAUUUGGUUGUCGAGUGAAAGAAGGACCUCUUGCAACGUAUGCUCUGGUAGACAUGAACAAUAAGGAUUUUUUAUAGACAAAGCUAAAGAAAGUACAAUAAUGAUAAAUCCAAAGUUUAUUGGUAGAAUAGUUCACAGACAAUUAGAAGAAACUAUUAAAAUAUUAGAGUGUAUGAAUCAAUUCUCUUGCUAUUCUAACGUAUUCUUUAAUACCAUCAUAUAUACAGUCGCGAUAUUAAGUAAUUAUAACAAGAGUAAAAAUAUCUAAAAUUCGAAAUAUCUUGAUUUACAAAUGAAGUUUAUGGUUAGGAAUAAUUUUUUCUGUAAGAGAGAUGACUUAUGAGGCAUCAGGUGAUACUGAAUAGGAAUUUCAGUAUUUUCUAGAAUGCCUCCAACUGUCGAUUUUGGGUUGAUCUACAUGUUCUUGUGAGUUGCAGUUGCAUCCUCCUGGCGAUUUUAUGUGGUCUACCAGACAAAUGCAGGUCAUUUAUUGUUUUAAAUUGCUUGAACUGAUUCUUUACAUUCUGCACUGUAACUGGGCUGCAAUUAAAUUUUGCUGUUAUGCCUUGAAUGGUCAAUUUUGGCCCGCUUAAGUGGAACAGGAUAUCUUUGCAGAUUUCUAAAGAUAGCUGAUGCAUUUUUUAAUAUUUCCAAAAGAAUGGUAUGUUGUAAGUUCAAGGGAACAAUAUUUGUAGACCAAAUUACUUAAUAGCUGUCUAAAUUCAUAGUAUGGUAAAAAAGAAAGAUAAAUUGAUUCUUAAAAUAUAGAUAUUUACCUGAAAUUUUCCAUCAUGUUUCACAACCAUACACUUUAUUCCUAAAUCAAAAUAUUUCGAUUUUUAGACAUUUUUACUCUUCUUAUAAUUACUUAAUAUCGCGACUGUAAUAACCUGCAGUAACAACGCUCCUUCUCUAUUUAAUAAAAAGGUUGCCUAUAAAUAAUUUUUGAGCGUCUAAUUCUAAUGACUUAAUAAGGAAAGGAACAUAAUGAUUUAAUAUCUAGUUUCCAAAUUCUAAGAUAUUCCUUAUCUUUAUAUAUUAAUUGAAUAAUGUCUAAUAUGUGAUUUCUAUUCAAAUAUGUCUGUAAAUGAUUAAAAUUCACUCCAAAGCGGACAGACUGAGAAAAGAAACGAUAAAAUAUUUAAAUAAGUUAGAGUAUAUAACUAUUAUUACUAUUAUAAUAAAAAAUCUACGUAAGCAAAUUUCAAGUACCACCAUCGAAUAAUGAAUAUCGAUAAAUAGGCAUAAAAUUUGAAUAAACCUUGGAAAUUGUAUAAGGUGAAACGUUUUCCAAUAAUAACAUAUAAAUAUAGAAUGUAUUAAAUGAAUAUUCAGAGUGUUAAAGCUAUUCGAAUUUAUCAUAUUUACAAAUAGUUUACCUUUGUUGCAAUGAAACAAUCACAA